AAGAAUCCCUUUGUUAUAGUUUGUUAAACUAGGGGGGCCCAAACAGCAUCUCCCUUAGGGCCCCGACAAAUCCAGAAACGCCCCUGCUUUUUCUUCUUUUUUUCCUCCGAUGUGUUGCUAAUGAUGUAAUUUCUCCUAGUCCUGGACCCAGGAUCCCCCACCAGGAGGACUGCAGGCUGGUUUCUAGGUUUUAGAGAACAGGCUCCGCCUCUCCACCCAGCUUGUCCAGCAGCAGCGGCGGCAGCGGCGGCUCAGUGCGCCGGGGAGCGUCAGGCAGCAGGACACGCCGUGGACGGGAGCGGACCCGCCGGAUCAUAAAACACCAUCCCUCCUCGCCUUCAAGGGGAAAACACCCCCGCACAUCUCCUCAGACUGAGGAGGAAACAUCGGAACAAACUCCGGGUUGGAUCCGUAGCCAGUGACGGGCAGGAGGGAUGCUGCUCCAGCCCGACACGGUGCACCUCGCAGUCCGCCUCCGAGGCUGGUGAUGCCCGCCGCGGUGCGGGGAUCCCCACCCAGCUGCAGCGGCAGCAGGUCGGAACAACAGGGCGUCGGGGAGAUGAUGGUGGUUCGGCCGGGAUCAUGGCUAACGGAACCGGUUCUAUCAUGCUGAAAUGCGUCGUGGUUGGAGACGGCGCAGUGGGUAAAACGUGUCUCCUGAUGAGCUAUGCCAACGACGCCUUUCCAGAGGAGUAUGUGCCCACGGUGUUUGAUCAUUAUGCAGUGAGCGUCAACGUUGGAGGGAAGCAGUACUUGUUGGGACUGUAUGACACAGCUGGUCAGGAGGACUACGACCGCCUGAGGCCCUUGUCCUAUCCGAUGACAGAUGUCUUCCUCAUCUGCUUCUCCGUUGUCAACCCGGCCAGUUUCCAAAACGUGCGUGAGGAAUGGGUGCCGGAGCUGCAGGAGUACGCACCCAGCGUUCCUUACCUGCUGAUUGGCACCCAGAUUGACCUUCGUGACGACCCCAAGACGAUUGCAAAACUGAACGACAUGAAGGAGAAGCCAAUCGCCACGGAGCAGGGACAGAAACUGGCCAAGGAGAUCGGGGCGUGUUGCUACGUGGAGUGCUCGGCGCUGACCCAGAAGGGCCUGAAGACGGUGUUCGACGAGGCCAUCAUCGCCAUUCUGGCUCCCAAGAGGAAGAAGGGAUCCAUGAAGAGAAGACUGGGGCCCCGCUGCAUCAACUGCUGCUUGAUCACGUGAUGUGGCUGCUCCUCCGGAUCCUUCUAGUGAAACGCCACAAACCAAACAUGGACUGACGGCAAAAGAUGGAUAAAAUGCAAAGACAAAAACCAGGAGGAUUGACGGACAAAACAAGAGCUAGCUCUGAGACUCUUGAAAUACCAGAAGCCUCUCCUGAGCUGAGAAUGCCGUUUUUACCAAAGGAGCUCAAAACCCAUUGUUCUCUUCUUCUACAAGACUUUUGCCUCAAAAGUACCUUCUUUUAUAACCAUUUUAAUCAUUUUUUGUUUGUUUCUGUCACUGUGUGCCGUCACAGGAAAGACAAAAAGACAUUUCAGCUUUAAGAUGAAUGCUUCAUUCAUAAAUAUCUCUAUUGUUUUUGGAAAUAACUUUUAAGUUUAUCUCCAAAAUGAUGGAACAGAAUAAGUUUUUAGCUUUGAAAUUUUGUCACAGGAGACUCAGUUUUACAUUUUUAAUUUCAAAACUUUAAAUUCGGACAAAUUGUGGACCUACAGCUGCGUUAUUUUUAAGGUUGUUUUGUAGUGUGGCAUGCCAAAAUACUCCGAGGUAGAACAAAACUGAGGAGUUCACAAGAAAAUGAAAAUGUUUGUUAUCCAUUUUUAGAAACUAUAUUAUCUAGAGUUUAUAAGAUUGUAUCACUAAAUCAAAUAUCAUCGAGAUCAUAGUUUAUCAGCUGAUAAAUAACUUUUGGUUAUCAUGCAGUAACUUGCUAUGUUUUUAUCAAUUUAGAGAGAGAUUGUAGACUAACUCAUAUAUUUCCCAAAGAAUGCACACCUUUCAUUAAAGGGCAUAUAUCAUCAUUUUUUCACAUUGUUUUUUAAAAUAUGUUUUAAACAUUUUACAUACUUCUUGAUCAAGAAUUGUGUUUAGAAGCAUAAAAUAAAGGUGAGCAUAUUAUAGUUGGGAUGGCAAAAUCUUGAGCUCAAGAUUGAAUUCAACAAAUUAAGAUUUAUCAGCCGAUUUAUCCAGUCAGGAGAAGAAAUUUAGAGAAACUGUAACUUCAGUACUUAGCAAACCGGCACCCUACAAACAGAUUUAAAGGUGAUUCGUCUCAAGCCGAGUCUGCCUGUAAUUUAAUCCUGUUUCAAAUUUCUGCUUGUGCCAAUAACUCGGCAUUCAGAAAGCCGUAAUUUCUGCUCUGGUUCAGACCUGUAUUGUUAUUGUUCGCAGGCAAACACAAGUACGAUUCUCCCAACAGCUGUGUGAGACCGUGGUUAAGGAAAGUCAAAGUUUUCUCCAUAUUAUCACUCUGUCAAAAUGUUACUCUGAGGUCUCUCAUGCCACUCAGACUCUAUAGACCUUUAUGUAGUUACGUUUUCCUACAACACUGUAUUUUUUUUUGUCCUAAAAUGUAACUUCAAGCUAAUGCUACACCAAUCAAGAUAGAAAAGAUAAAAUACUGACAUAUAAUCAGACUACGGCUAUAAUUAGACUUUCUUUUCCAUUUGGCUCAGACAAAAAUAAAUAAAAAAACAAUUGCUAAUGGCUAAGAAAGCCAUUAGCAAUUAGCAAAAGCCAUUAGCUAAUUUUGCCUCUAAAUAUCCAGAAAGAUUGUUUAUAGAAAAAAUAUCUUAAAUUUAUGCAGUCUGUAGACAUUUGCAGAGGUUUUGAAUUAUAACAGAGUAUUAUGGCAAUACUCAGAAAAAAAGAUUUAAAAUUCACGAGAAUAAAGUAAUACAUUUAUGACAACAAACUCGUACAAAAAAAAGUCAGUAUUAAAUGAAAAAACAAGAAUAAAGUUGUAAUAAAGAUAAUAAAGUUGAAUAAAGUCAUAAUAUAGCUAGCUGUCCUAGCAAAAAACCUGAACUGUGGAUCAUCCUUUAAAUUUAAGAUUUAAAUAGUUUUAGAAGCACAGAGUGAAAAGUUUUCUGGCAGAACGACGGUUUUUGUGGGUGAGAAGCAAUCUGUUCUUUUUACUUAUUUACUUCCACGCUACUACAUAGAUGACCUUGAAUCCUAAAGUCAUCCUCUGUUUCAGUAUUUCCCAAUUUUAGUUUACUCAAAAAAAUAUUUUUGUUUGGGGAAAAUUGUGUUUCAAAAUCACAUUUUUAGGUUUUCUGCCUCUAAAAUUCGAUGAUAUAUGCCUUUUAAAAUCAUCUGGCUACUAUGACCCAAUACUGUCUACGGCACAACAAUGAAGCACAGCUGCUGCUGCUCCAUUUCCCAGCACAACAAUGCACAUUCCCUGUGCUUUCCAUCAUACCCAUUGUCCCAGGAACAGCUGUCUGAAGCACACAAGAUGCACACGGUUCCGUCAGGCACAGCAGGAAUAGCACACCAUGUCAGCAGGAACAAUCGGAGGUUUACUUUGCCCAAAUCCUGCAACAAGAUUCUCUUGUAGAUCUCCAAUAUCACCAAAUACAGUAAAGACACUAAUUAAAACAGUUCUAUGUCAAAUAAAAUGAAAUUUGGUUGCCUUAAAACUGAUAAGUUACAGUUUAAACAUUUAGAAACCUAUAUAUACAGAAACAUUUAUAAUGAGCUAGCUUUUGCUACAGACAUCAGUUCUUCACUGGUAUUUACCAAAAAUAUUUACAUUAGUUGGUCCUGCUUAGCGUUAGUUAACUGAAACAACUAACAAAGCUAAUGUUAGCUAUGUUAGCGCCUAAUGCUAGUUAGCUAGCUAGCUAAUCAAUGCAAGCUCAGCAUAAUUUACCGUAUGUUUUAAAAUGUACCGUUCAAAAUUAUGUCAAAUGAUUCUAAAACACAUUUAUAAAAUCAAAAUAUACUUAAACACAAAAUAUUACAAAAAUGAUAACCAAGAAAAGUUAAAAAGUUAAAAAGUAUGGUUUAGCAUUACUACAGGUUAGCACUUUGCCUUGAAAAAUACUUUCCUUGUUUUUAUAGAUUACAGAUGUAUGUAUAUUUUACAUCUGGCAAAAAGAUAAACAAUCACCACCUUUGGAUGAAUAUCAGGUCUUCACUAGUAUUUACCUAAAAACUUAGUUGGUGGCAUUUAGCUCGUAGCCUUAGCUUACUGAAAGAACUGACAAAGCUAAUGUUAGCUGUGUUAGCGCCAAACGAUAGCUAGCUAGCUAAUCAAUACCAACUCAGCUUUAUUUACCGUAUGUUUUAAAAUGUAGCUGACAAAGUUAUGAUGUCAAAAGGCUCUAUAAAAUGAAGAUAUAUUUCAACACAUAAUAUCACAUUAACAAGUAUAACCAAGAUCAGUUAAAAGAUAAGGGUUAGCAUAAGUACUGGUUAGCACUUUGCUUUGGAAAAACAACGCUUUAUUUGUUCUUAUAGGUUACAAUUGUUUCUGGCUAAAAGAUAAACAUCAAUCUUUGAUGGUCUGUCUUUAGUUUUACUUUGUAGAAUUUUCUCAAACUUCACUAGAUCUACUCAAUUAAAUGAGGAAUGGCCGUCUUGGACUUGUUCAGUGGCUACACACACCAGUCCAAAAUCGCAACAAGUAGCCACAGCUCCUCUUCACAUACUGUCAUGGCAUUGCUCUUGCUAAAAAAAGCUAAUCUCAUGAAUCAACUGAAAUAAACAACACGUUGUCCUCCUUUGCACAUGGAGAUUGGUAUGCUCUCCGAGUUGGGGAGAUGCGCACCUCCAAAUUGCGUGUAUAAACGUUUCCUCUUGCACGUCAAGAUUGAAACUGUUGGUGGAAGAGCGGAAACCUACCAAAUAUUUAGAAAACAUUAGCAAAUUGUGAGGAUCCUUCCUAAUGCUAGAGUUUCUGUAAUGGUAGAAUAGAAAUAGGAAAUAGAAUGGCCACGAAAGCAGUGUUCUGAGUAUUACAUGUGGAGUAAGGUCAUUCUUCUCACACAAAUGAGAUUUUACAAAUUUGCAACUAUUCAUUGACAGUAUCCUGUCUUAAUUUCCUUUGAAAAUGGCAUAAAGGAGUCUAGUUGCAGUUUGUCGAGCUCAGCUUGUCGACCAACAAGGAUUCAAAAAGGUUCCGGUUUUAAAACUCACAAUAGAGAAGGAGCCUAACUGGAACUGCUACUGACUUUUGGGCAAAAAUAACCCCGUACUCCAGUAGUCUGAAAAGGAUCCAACCAAAUAGAAGACAAUUUCAGUGAGGAAACUAUUAUUUGUUUGGUGCCAUCACCAUAAAACUUGUAAAGACAACAGCACAAAGAAAAUAACACACAUUUCCAUAAAUUUGGAGACUUUUCUCAAUCUAAAGUAGGCUUGGUGGCGAUGAACUUAUUGUUCAGGAUCAUGAUGCAUCAGUCCACCAACCAUGGAAACAUAUGCUUUAAACGGGAAAAACUGAUUUAUCCGCUGCUGUGAAAGAACAUUGGAGAAUAAAAUCCAGGCCUCAAUGAAUUCAAGUUACCAGAAAAUGCAUUGAUUUUUAUGUUUUUGAUUUGAAAAGACUGAAUAUUCUCCAACAACAGUAAUCCCAUUUUGUUUUUGUCAGUUGUUUAUUUUUUUUUUUUUUUGGUGUAAUUGUAAGUCACAUGUUUUAAAUAGUAAUUUAAAACUAUUGCUUUAAAAGAAUAGCUGGUGCUAUCCAAUUUAGGAAAGUCAACUCAACAGAUUUUAGGCAGAAACAAAAUGUGAACUUUUAGUGGAAACUUUAAGGUUUGUUUGUUUUUUUCUUGACCAGCCAAAUAUCAAAACGUUUGUCCCUUUUUAUUUAAAAUGCAUUUAAUUUUUCUAGCAUUUUUAAAGACAUUUCUCAAAGGUGCCAAUUCUCCCUGUUGUUUUGUUUCAUAUGACUAACUAAAGCUUUAACGUUGAAGGUGCUUCUUCUCUCUGUCCCAGCCUGUGUUGCGUAACGGUCCUGUCAGCAGCGCUGAUCACUGCACGAGGAGCGGCCGAGCCUCUCGGACAGUUUUGCUCGCUUUUGUCAUGUGAAGGUCCCCCCUCUCCGCCUCAGGAUCAAGGACCGAAGUGCCACAGCCAGCAAUGCAUUCUCCCAUUGAUGCUCCUCUUUUCUCAAUAAACUUGUUUUCUGUGUUAACAGUC